UUGGGCUCGAUUUGCAAUGGGCAGAAAACGGAAGUUAAGUGCAUGUGUGCUAAACUAUCUUAACCACAGCCUUUCUGAGUCUGUCUAGAUCUCAACAAGCACCAGUGUCUAAUCAAACAAUGAACUAAUAGCGAUUACAUGUUUACUGUCUUUUACAGUAAAAUUACAGUAAAAGAAGUUUUUUAAAAAACUUAGACAAAAUAAACCAAUUCAUGACAGCUGAAAUAAGCCAUUCUUCAAUUGUUGUAGGUGUUGCCAUGCUGAUGUCAGUCAGAAUGGCUCCUCCUCUUCCUCUGAUCUUCCUGCUCUUGAUUCACAGGGUUUCUAGUGCUGAUUGGGGUGUGAGUUACAGUCAUUCACACAUCUGUGCACUAAAGAACUCAUCAGUGAUAAUGAGCUGCACUUAUACAUACCCUACUGGACAUCAGAUCAAGAAAAUGUUCUGGACCAAAAACACUGUAAAGGGUGCAGAGCCUCCAGAUCUGUCUGAGGAUCCUAAAUACAGUCAGAGGCUUCAAUAUCUGGGAGAUAAACAGCAGAACUGCACCAUCAGACUGAAUCAUGUGACACAGAAAGAUUCGCACAUGUACUGUUUCAGAUUCACAACAAAUGUAACAGCAGAAAGAUGUCUUGGUAAAUCAGGAGUGUCUCUUACUGUCACAGAUCUUCAGGUGGAGUCUCCUAAGAGAGUGACAGAGGGAGAUUCAGUCCGUCUGACAUGUAAAAGCAGCUGCACUCUGACUGACAGAUCAACAUUCAUCUGGUACAGAAACUCACAGCCAUUAACUGAGAGAAGAGACAGAAACAAUGAACUCCUGCUGCAGUCAGUCAGAAGAGAGGAUGCAGGCAGAUAUAGCUGUGCUGCACAUGGACACACUUACGUCUCUCGUGCUGUUUAUCUCAAUGUAAUGUAUGCACCAAAACGUGUCUCAGUGUCCAUCAGUCCAUCUGGUGAAAUAGUGGAGGGAGAUUUAGUGACUCUGAGCUGCAGCAGUAAUUCAAACCCACCUGCAGAAAUCAACUGGUUUAAAGGAGGAACAAUUGUAGGAUCUGGAAGAAUCUACAGCAUCUCAAAGAUCAGCUCUGAUCACAGUGGAAAAUACAAGUGCAAGUCCAAAAAUGAACAUGGAGAGAAAUACUCUUAUGCUGUGACUUUAAAUGUCAUGUACCCACCCAGGAAUGUCUCAGUGUUCGUUAAUGGAUCUGGUGAAAUAGUGGAAGGUGAUUCAGUGACUCUGAUCUGCAGCAGUGAUUCAAACCCACCUGCUCUGAACUUCAGCUGGUUUAAGGAGGAUGAAUCCUCAGCUGUUGGAUCUGGACAGAGUUUCAGUGCACUACAGAGUGGACGCUUCUACUGUGAGGCUCACAAUCAACAUGGAUCACAGAGAUCAGACGCUGUUACUGUCACUGUUAAAGGACGUCUGGUGAUAUUGUACAUGUCCAUUGGAGUGGCUUGUGGAGCUGCAGUUAUCAUCACGAUGUUGCUGAUUCGGAGAAGCAAAAUGAAAAAGAGAAAAGACACACUUGAAACUCAGAUGAAUAUUUCCAGACCUGAUUAUGACAGACGUUCAACAUCUGAUGUUGAGUCACAUGAACCUUUGUAUGGGAAUGUACAGAUGAACCAUUCCAAACCUUGUGAUACUGAGAUGACUGAACCUGUGUAUGAGAAUACAACAGGUGACAGGCCGUAGUGUUUGGGACACGUGUCAAAACGUUUUACAGCCUUGUUCUGUCUCUCUGUCAGUGGAGUCCUGAAUGAUUGACAGUAGAUUUUGGAUUUACAUAAAUUAAUUUAGCAGUUAGUUUCAUCCAAAGUGACUUACAAAUGUUAAAGUUGUUGUAAUUCUAUUUGACUGUAGUAAAGCAUAAACAUAUUGUAUG